CUCUCUUGCAAAUACAGUUAUCCCAAGCACCAUCUGAGUGUAAACAGCAUGGAGAUGAAUGUCCUACCUGGGCAUCAGCCCAGCAAUGGUAACACAAUCUACAGCUACCACACAAUGGAAAACCCGUGCUGCCCCCCGAAGAACGACCUGGGUAGCAAGAGCGGAAAGAUUACUUGCCCCUUACCAGAAGACAUUGAGCUUGUUCAAAAGAAAGCUGUAAUGGAUACUAUUCCAGUGAUUGUGAAGAUCCUGGAGGAAGUUCAGUUCAUAGCGAUGCGCUUCAGGAAACAAGAUGAGGGUGAAGAGAUCUGCAGUGAGUGGAAGUUUGCAGCUGCUGUCAUAGACAGAUUGUGCCUGGUUGCAUUUACCCUUUUUGCCAUCAUUUGCACAUUUACAAUACUCAUGUCUGCUCCAAAUUUUAUAGAAGCUGUUUCAAAGGAUUUUGCAUAAGGAUUUCAAAGAUGAACACGGUAAUUUAAAAGCGAAUAUUGCCAGUAAUUUUGCUAGAUAAUUUAACUUAAAUAGAGAAGUGUACUUAUAUAUGCUAACUUACACAGAAGGGGAUGAAAAUAAUUUCAGGAGAUAAUUGUUCCUGAUGUUAGUGAUUGUAGUUACUGAAUAGUAAACAUAUUGAGCUUUGUUACUUAUUUC